AUGGCGGCUGCUUCGAUACGCGUGCUGAAGCCGAAGAUGACGAUGAGCGCUGUCCAGGGAAAAAUCUCCGUCUUUGCCGAGGAUGGCGAGCGCAUUGGUCAGUGGGGCGGCACGGAGUGCUUCCUCUCGCGCCAAAGCGGCCUCGGGCCGUGCCUCGUCGUCCGCUCUAGCCGGCACAAGAAACAUGAAGGCACAUUCUUCCAACUGGUGCGUCUGCAGAAGGUUGUGUCGACACGCGUGGCGCAAGGACGCUUGACUGUAAUGGUGUCGCACGAGAAGCGGCAGUGCAGCGUGUUUAUCGACACGACCGGGGACUUAGAUGAGCUGCGCAUGAUGGCUGGCGUACUGCAGGACAAGGCGCUGUGGAAGGACAUAGAGCGGAACGUGGCGAGCAGAAGCCGAAAGGGUCUGCAGCGUGACGGAAAAGGGAACGGUGGCGGUCGAGGCGGUGCAGAGUUGCGGGACCCCAGCCUUGCACAGCUGUCGGGCCGCGGCGCGGACGAGGAUGACGACUACGACAGCUAUGUCGAAGAGACGAACGAGGCUCAUCAUGACAACAACAAAACUGCUGCCAGAGCAGCAGAGCGGGACUCAUCUGCUGCAACUUUGACGCCGGCAUCCCCGAUGCCCGUGAUCUCGUCGCAGUCCUCAGUGCCCCAGAGGAGUACGGCGGUAACCGGCAGCAGCAGCAGUAACAGCGACUCUAUCACUUCAGUGACGGCGGCCCAGCAGCAGCGGCUAACCUGGACGAGCGAACAACAACGUGCGGUGCAGCUUGUGCGCGCUGGCCACAACGUCUUUGUGAGCGGUGCUGCCGGCACGGGCAAGACAGAAUGGCUGCUUCACGUCCUGCAACACGUCCUACCUCGCAUACGGCUGCACCGUGGUGCGAAGACCGAGGCAGCUCUGAGAGCUGAAGAAGAGGAACAGGAAAACGCGGUGGACACCGGGCGAGUCGCAGUGACGGCCGCCACCGGCAUCGCAGCGCGACUCAUCGGCGGCAAAACAGUACACGCUUUCGCUGGCAUCGGCCGCGGCGAGGGUGACCUAGACGCGAUCGUGCAGCGCGUGCAGUGCAAGCCAGAUGCUGUGCGAGCAUGGCAGCGGUGCGAGGUGCUCGUUAUUGAUGAGAUCAGCAUGCUCUCCUCGCGCACAUUCGCCAUGCUCGAUCGCAUCGCACGCGUGCUGCGUGCCACGUUGGCGCCCUCUGCCUCCUCGCAGCGGCGGCAGCAUACAGACAACGCGGCACUGCCGUUCGGUGGUAUUCAGCUGCUGGUGGUUGGUGACUUCCUGCAACUGCCGCCAGUGUCGCGUGGCGCCGGCGAGGAGUUGCAGCCCGCCUUCAUGACUACUGCGUGGCGUGACUGUGGUUUUCAGACAGUUGUCUUCACCAAGGACUACCGUCACGCCGAGGACCCGCGGUUUGCUGAGUGCUGCGCGGCGGUGCGGCGCGGCGAAUGCACACCGCUCGUGCGCGAGGUGCUGGAGGGGUGUUUGGGCCGCACACUGGAGGAGCGCUUCGGCGUCGAGGCGACCAUGUUGCUCGCGCGUCGCAAAGACGUGGACCGCUACAACGCACAGCGGCUGGGGCAGCUGGAGUCGAUGCAGUUCCAGCGCUACGCCUCCGAGGACUACGCCGCUAUCCCUGGCGCCGACAUCGACAGCGAGGUGUCGCUGCCCGCUGUGUUAACCUUGAAGGUGGGUGCGCAGGUGGUGCUCCUCGCAUCCCUGCCGAACAUGUCACACCUGUCUAACGGCGAUAUUGGUCUCGUCGUGGGCUUCGUCGCACAGAUGCGUGGUCCUGCGUUGCCACUCGUCCGCUUCUCCACUGGUGUAGAGGCCGUCGUGCCUGCCAUUACGAUGGAGGUGCACGGGCGAGACGGUCGACUUACCCUAUCCAGGCGUCAAGUGCCGCUGCAGUUGGCCUGGGCACUGACGGUGCACCGAGUACAGGGCAUGACGAUGCCUAUGAUACGCCUGGCGCUGGACAAGUCCUUCUUCGAGGCAGGGCAGGCGUACGUGGCGCUGUCGCGAGUGCGCAAAGCGGAGGACUUGAGCUUGACAGCACUGGACCUGGAUGUCGUGCUGGCGCAUGGGUCGACGGAAGCGCGAGACUUCUACGGACUGAGCGCAACCACAUCGGCACCGUCCUCGCAUACCGGCAUGAUAAAGGCUAACAUCCCUCCUCUGGUCGACUCUGCGCUGCUGCUACGAAGCGAUACCGCGCGCGCGGAAGGGCCACUAGACGCAGGUGGCGUCUUUGGCGACGGUGUACCUCUCAGCCUGGCGGACGUGGAGGGCAGCAGCAGCAGCAGCAGCAGCAGCGUUAGUGCCCCCUUGAAGCAUCCCAAAACAGAGAAGGUGUAG